GGAGGAGGGACUGAUUAUUUGAAAGUGGCGGGACGCAUCUUUCUUUAGGGAAACAACUAUACACGGAUGUUUCUAUCAUCAACAGAUAAUAACGUCUUUACGUAAAGUAACGGUAUUGUGCGUGCGCGGUUUAGAUUAUGUUUUGUCCUGUUUGAGAUUGCUUUGGAUCUUGCGCGAAAAAGGAAAGUUUGUUGACAUUUGUUCCUCGAUCGGGAUUAUAGCGGACCGCAGUGUGGAAGAAUGACCAAGGACGACGUAAAGGCCAUUCCCGUGAGGGUUGGUCUGAGAUGCCGGCCUCUGGUUCCUAAGGAGAUCAAUGAAGGAUGCCAAUGCUGUCUUACUUUUGUGCCUGGUGAACCUCAAGUGAUUGUUGGCAAUGACAAGUCGUUCACUUACGAUUACGUGUUUGACCCAUCAACCGAACAGGAGGAAGUGUUCAACACUGCUGUGUCUCCAUUGUUAUCUGGGCUUUUUAAAGGAUAUCAUGCUACCGUUCUGGCUUAUGGGCAGACGGGCUCCGGCAAGACCUUCUCCAUGGGCGGCACUUACACGUCAGAACAGGAGAACGAGCCCACGGUUGGGGUCAUCCCACGAGUUAUCAGAAGAAUCUUUCAGGAAAAAGCGAAAUGUGCCGACUGUGAAUUUGUGCUUGCCGUGUCGUAUCUCGAGAUUUACAAUGAAGAGAUUCUAGACCUGCUGUGCACAUCGAAGGAUAAACCUGUCAUCAGUAUCAGAGAGGAUCCUAAAGAAGGCAUCAAAAUUGUGGGCCUGAUAGAAAAGGAGGUGUCCACUGCACAUGAGAUGGUGGGCUGUCUGGAAUUGGGGAACUCUGCGCGAACUGUGGGUUCGACAGCCAUGAACGCAGCCUCUUCCCGCUCGCAUGCCAUCUUUACCAUAUCACUGGAGCAACGGCGUAAUGGAGACAAGAGUGAUGUCAUGGUCUCCAAACUCCACCUGGUGGAUCUUGCUGGAUCUGAGAGACAGAAGAAAACAAAGGCAGAGGGUGAUCGACUCAAGGAGGGAAUCAGCAUUAAUCGUGGGCUGCUGUCACUUGGGAACGUGAUCAGUGCACUUGGGGAUGAAAGCAAGAAAGGAACCUUUGUACCAUACAGAGACUCCAAGCUGACACGUCUCCUGCAGGACUCUCUUGGAGGAAACAGCCACACCUUAAUGAUCGCUUGCAUCAGCCCGGCAGACUCCAACAUCGAGGAAACCAUCAACACAAUGCGUUAUGCUGAUCGUGCACGUAAAAUCAAAAACAAGCCCAUUCUCAAUGUCGACCCUCGCACAGCGGAAAUGAAGCGACUCAAACAGCAGGUUCAAGAGCUUCAGGUGAUGCUCCUGCAUGCUCGUGGAGGAGUUGCUCCUGUACUGACCGGGUCUGAGCCAGCAGAGAACAUCUCAAAGAUCCUGGAACAGAACCGUAGUCUGCAAAAUGAAAACCACAAGCUGAGCCGAGAGCUGAGCGAGACAGUGGGGCAGACGGCUCUCAUGUUCGAGAGGAUUAUCAUGACAGAGCAGGCAAAUGAUAAAUUGCAGUGUAAACUCGAGGAGUUGAUGCAACAUGCAGCGUGUAAGGUGGACCUGCAGAAGGUUGUGGAGACUCUGGAAGACCAGGAACUGAAGGAAAACGUUGAGGUGAUCAGGAACCUUCAACAUCUCAUUCUUGAACUGCAGAGUGAAAGUGCUGGGAUUGCGGCCACCAUCGAUGGUAUAACCUCAGGCAGUGCCUCCACCCUCGAGCCACAGACUGAGAUGACCACCUCUGGAGGUUCGCCAGUGGGCUGCAGCACUGAUGCUCAAGUCAAAGGUUCUCCUGAAGCAUACACAACCCAGCAUGCACUGCGACAGGCUCAAAUGUCUAAAGAACUGAUUGAGCUGAAUAAAGUUCUGGCGCUAAAAGAGGCUUUUGUCAAGAAGAUGUGUCAAAACGACAGUCAUCUGGAACCCAUGCAAACAGAACAUCAGGAGAACAUUACGAGUCUACAUAAGGCGGUUGGCUCCUUACAGAAAGAAAAGGAAGAUCUCCUCCAUGCCCUGCAGUCUGCUAAAAAGGACACCAAUCAGGCCAAACUCAGUGAACAGCGCAGGAAGAGACUUCAGGAGCUGGAAGGACAGAUCACAGAUCUGAAGAAGAAACUGCAGGACCAGUCCAAACUGCUCAAGCUCAAAGAGUCGUCCGUGCACAACGUAGCCAAACUUAACCAUGAGAUCCAGGCGAUGAAAUCUCAGCGUGUGCAGCUCAUGCGGCAGAUGAAGGAAGACUCGGAGAAGUUCCGCCUGUGGAAACUGAAAAAAGAUAAAGAAGUUCUGCAGCUCAAGGAGAAGGAUCGCAAGCGUCAAUAUGAGAUGCUGAAGCUGGAGAGAGACUUCCAGAAACAGGCCAGCGUGCUCCGUCGCAAAACAGAGGAGGCGGCUGCUGCUAACAAGCGACUCAAAGACGCUCUGCAGAAGAGAAGUGAAGUGGCAGAGAAACGCAAAGACUUUCAGAGUCGCGGAACAGAAGGUGUCGCUAGCAGAGUUAAGGCCUGGCUGCUGAACGAGGUGGAAGUGCUGGUCAGCACAGAAGAGGCCCGCCGACAUCUACAGGACCUGCUGGAGGACAGGAAGAUGCUAGCGGAGGAGAUUUCACAGCUCCGUCAGCAGAUGGAGGCGGGAGAGAGACCUGUAGCCAAAGUCAGGCGUCGCACCUUGACCAUCUCAGAGUUGGAGGGCCAUGGUGACCUGGAGGCUUCUAUCAGCAAACAGGUGGAGAGUCUGGAGACCGAGAUGGGACUCAGGAGCGCUCAGAUCGCUGACCUGCAGCAGAAAGUACUGGAUGCAGAUAAUGAAGGGCGAAUGAAGCAGCGCUGGGAUUCCAUCACCACCAUCAUAGAGGCCAAGAGUGCACUCAAAAUCCUCAUGGCUGAGGUUGUAGCUUCCAAGAUUGCUAAUGCCAAGCUGGAGAGUGAGCUGAAGCAGGAGAAAGCCAAUCUUUUGGACAUGCAAAAGAUCUUGUGUGAUGAGAGGAAACUCAUGUCUACUAUGGACAUGGAGCACCAGAGUCAUCUGGUGGAACUGGAGCAGAGACACCAGGAGAAGGUGCUGUAUCUUCUUGGUCAGCUCCAGAAUAAACCUGUUAAGGAGGACGAGAAUGAGGAGGUUUCUAAACGGGAGAAGGAACUGCUGCAGCGUCUAAAAUUCCAGGAAGAGGAAAUUGAAAAGGUGCGAGAACUCUGCGAGCAGAACCAAAAACUCAAGGAGGAAAAUGAACAAUACAAGCAGAAGUUACAACUGGCCCAGCUGACAAGUACAAAGAAAGUCCUGUCUACUUUGAACGAGUCACCCGAUACAUCUUUUGAAUACGUACCCCCUAAGCCUAAGCCCAAAAGCUACUCCACGGCACGGGCACGUCUGCAGGAGCCUAUAGAUCUAGAUGAACUGAUAUCUCCAUCUGAGUCUGAGAAGGAGGAAGACGAGUGGCGUCCAGAGAAAAACGAAAAAGCAAGAAGAUGCUCCAAGAAAUCCAAAAUGACCGGGUGUGCGUGUCGGGGUCGCUGUGUUAACAAGCUUUGUCGUUGCCGAAAGGGAAAAAUGACCUGCGGAGAAAACUGUCUCUGUAAUCAUGAGAAAUGUCGCAACAUGGAGAACCGCGCCAGUCUGGACCUGGCUGAAGUGAGUGAUGCGUCUAAAGAUUCUGUCACUGUUCCUGAGGACCCCACAGCUAUUAGUCCCCGGGACGCCACAUUUUUCAGACCCCCUAGUGUCCCACCUACUAAGAAGGAGAUUGUAGACAUGGGCCACCUGCCCGCAGACCUGAAGUUGGAGAAGAAACCCGUCCCUGCUGACAGCGACAGUGACAGUGAUGAAGCUGAAUCACUAAACAGCACCGCCAGCUUCCUCCGGAGGAACAAGCGAGGCCUUAAUAACUUUAAGAACAGCUUCUUUUCUGGCUGCACACCGAUCCGUGAAGAACAUUAGCAUUAGAGUAGCUGGAUGUGGUAAAUAUAACUGCUAGCAUGUCUUGUCUUUGUUUCGUCUUCUUUUCUUGUGAUUUUAUUGUAUGAAUUUAAUUAAAUUUGUAGUUGUAAAAUAGUUUAGGAAUAGCCGCUCAUUUUCAACAAUGGCUAAUGCACUAGCAGGGUGAACUUUCACCUGUCAUGGGUAAUUUAAUGGACUUUUAAAACCGUUGGACAGUGUAACAUUGGAAAACGUAUUUUUAGAUAUUAUUUCUAUUAAACUAUCAGUGGCAUCAAUAAA